UUUGUGUGAGUGAGUGAGCAUGCAUCUGCUUAUAGCAUGUAUAGUUCCAGCUCAUUCGACUGACUGAAUAUGGGUACACUCCGAUCCCACUGUUACCAUAGUCAGUGUAAUUUUCCUACAAUCCACAUGUAAUGGCUAUAACCUUCUCUCUCUGUGUAGGCUGAUGGUGUGUGUGACAGUGGGGCCCCGCUGGGUUCUAAGGCCCCUAUCUGGAUCCCAGACCUGAGGGCCACAAUGUGUAUGGUCUGUACCUGUGAGUUCACCCUCACCUGGAGACGACACCACUGCCGAGCCUGCGGGAAGGUUGUGUGUCAGACAUGCUCGUCCAAUAAGUUCUAUCUAGAGUACUUGAAGAACCAGCCGGCUCGUGUGUGUGACCACUGCUUCGUCAAGCUACAGGAGAACAGUGACCGUGUUGCUUCUGGGGCGCUGUCUCCUACUGGCAGAUCUGGGGGAUUCUCUUUCUCCAGGAAACAGAAGAAGAUCCCAGCUGCUCUCAAAGAGGUGUCUGCAAACACAGAGAACUCCUCCAUGAGUGGCUACCUACAGAGGUCAAAGGGCAACAAGAAGCAAUGGAAGAGGCUAUGGUUCGUCAUCAAGAACAAAGUCCUGUACACCUACGCCGCCAGCGAGGAUGUAGCUGCUCUAGAGAGCCAGCCUCUGCUAGGCUUCUUCCUGCGGGAGGAGAAGUGUGGCCCUUUCCAGAAGCUGCAGUUUAAACUGUACCACAAAAACACCCUGUUCUAUAUCUUCAAGGCUGACGACAUCCCCACUGCACAGAGGUGGAUUGAGGCUUUCCAGGAGGCCAUGAUUCUUUAACACCUAAACCAGUCAGCUCAUGUCCUUCCCCUGGAGCCAGUGGACACGGACACCUUUUGAUCCUUGACCUCUAGACACAUGUCAGGGGUCAGCAGCUCAGGAAGCACUCCCCACACCCCGACCCAUGCUACCCCGAGCCCUGAUGAACCGGUCCGGCUGCCUGCCAGGAGACCCCAGAGUCCCAGUGGUGUGAAGAACAGACAUCAUUGUCUUUCUAGUGAAAAUAUGGAAAUAUGGACUUUGUGUCAGCUCUACAUUACAUUCAUUGUAAAUGUUGGGAUCCGUUGAAAGUUUGCCCUUGGUCAAACCACCAUGCUUCCAGUGGAGCUCUGAGGUUAUGGGUGUGUUGAGCCUCACAGGCUGCAUAUCUAUCUGCUCUKGAUCUUAGAUGGAACCGUUAUGUGUCACAGCUGUGGGUCAAAGGUCAUGUCCUGAAGCGUGUGUGUGUGGAAGUGUUAACAKAAUUAUUGUCUGUGGACAGCCUGCUACCUUAUACAGGGGUUCCCACGGUUCACAAAAAGCCUUGAAAGUCAUUGAAAAGGAUUUGACUUAAAUUGCUAUUGAUUUACAUUAUCCUUGAAAAGUUCAAGGAUUUUGUUAUUUGGGGGGGGGGGGUGUAACAUAUUGUAAGAAAAGUUUAAACUCAAAUAUUGAUGAAUUAUGGAAAUUGGAAUGGUGAUUAGAGUGGGAACCUUGCAUGAUGGGAUGGAUACCAGUUACAAAGAAGGGUGAGAAAGCAGUGUAUUCUCUCUGAGUAGGGAARCUUCUCUGGUGCACUGCUAGUGGUUGGAUUCAACUGUGAAAAAACAGGGUGCCACAGAGACACAGGAGAUAAGCAUUUUGCUCCUUAGAAAUAUAGCAAAAUUAUGGGGGUCGUUUUAUAUUGUUAUUCUCUGUUAGGCUUAACUCAGUACAUCUACCACAUGUAUAAUGCAGUAUACUGGAUAAAACUGGAAAUGGCAUAAUGUCAAUAUUUUACUACACAACCUAUAGAACAAAUGCAUUUUAAAGAGUAUUUGUUAGACUCAGAAGCGGUGCUUGGGCAAUAUGUAGAAUUGGGAGAGUAAAAUGUACCUUUUUUUGGUAAAAGUCGAGAGCUAAUAUUUAUAUAGAACUGUACAUUUCUCACUGUCCAUAAUUAUGUGAUUUUAGAAAUAUGAUUUAUUUGAUAACAGAUACUAUCUUUGUUACUUUUGUAAUAAGAAGUAGCUACCUUUUUUAUUGUAUGCCAUGAUGGUUGUAAAAGCACGUGUUGUAACAAUGCCUCACUAGUUUGUUUUAAACUGGCACAACAGACUUGUUGGAUUCAUUAGGAGGAAUCUUUUAAUCCAGGCCUCAUUUGUAUAAUUUUUUUAUUGAAUAAUUUAAAGUGGACAGAUUACAAAAUAAUGUUUGUCUUUUGAGCUAGACGUGGCAUGAAGAAUGAAAUGUAUCCCUUAGGAAAUGCUCAGUAUCAAUAAAGCAACAUCCAGACAGUGCCUUAAAUAUGCUCAAUUAUCUUGUAAUAAUAUAGAUACAGAAAACGUUAUUUAAUUAUGUGGUGCAUUGUUUCAUUGAUUAUUCAUUUGAAUUAGGAUAUUCUAUUAUCACAGUGACUACUUUGGCCGGCCCAUCUGACAUUAAACAGUGUAAAUAUCCAUUAUGUAUUUAAAUUGAAAAUUGUUUAGAAUUUACAUUUAGUACUUCAAAUGUACUAAUCAGGUUGCACUACUACACCAUUGUGGCAGUUGGCCUUAUGGGAAAUGAAGUUUAUCACACAGAGAAGCAUUAGGGAUAACUCAAAACAGAUAAUAUUUUAUAGUGACUAAAUGUCCCUCCAUUCUUAAACACAAUCACUAUAGUAUCCAUAGUAUCUCGUCUGUAAAUAAUAUUUCUGCAGAACUGUCAGGCACCACUUUUUAAUAAAACCUCUGAAAGUGA